GAACAAUUUGCUGGCUGAGCUUCCGCUGGAAGGCGCAGACGGGUGCUGGGAAUUGCAAGUCUGGGCAGAUUGUGGCCCUCAUUUUAGAAGCUACGAAUUUCUUUACAACCUGAGCGAGCUGUGUCGCACACGCUUCCACGUCGUGGUGCAAAACUAUUAUGCAGAGCACCAUGGGAAAGGAAGGUGUGAUGGGUCCUUUGCUUUGCAGCGCCGGUGGAUUAGCGAUUUCGCGCGGCAGCGCAACAUCGAGAGCUUGGCAGACAUGAAAGCUGCGCUUCAGCAAGGUGCAGAAGAGACCAUAGCUCUGGAUCCGCCUCCGCACGGUCCCUCCUACUACAUCCGAGAUUUCGUGCCCCAGAAGCAGAAUGUCUGUCGCAAACUUGACAACACAGGUACGGGGUUUCAGAUUGAGUACAGCUAUUGCGUCCUCUUUGAAAGGGCAGCGGACCGCAUUCGUGGCUGGAAUUUCUGGUAUUCUGAUCGCUGCCACGACAGGCGACUGGGCGAGAGCAUAGGGCAGGUUGUGUGCUCCGAGUCCCCCGCCAGCGAAGACUGGAGAAUGUCAUAUCGCACCUCGAAGCCGGAGAAGACACCUCUCAACGUCAGCUUGCUCAACCGGAGGAGGGAGAAGCAGGAGGCUUUCAUGCGUGGCACAGACUUCGCAGCUUGCAGUCGGAGAGACAGUUUUGUGCAAGCUUUGGUCCGGCGUGAGAAACAGGCAGCCUCCUCCAAGGCCAAGUACGUGCGCCGCAAGCGGGCGCUGGCAGUUAACCUCCGAGAGGCUGCCAACAGCUCCGACAGUGACAGUGACAGCAGCUCCGCCGCUUGA